AGACCGGAGUCAAUUCACCAUGUGAGCGCCAUCGCCACAUGCAUGACACGAACACGACUCCGGCCCUUUGGUCCCUGCACCGGCCAUGGCCCCCCUCCCCUCCAGGUUUCACCUGGUAUUACACGUCUAUGGCACGCACGGUGGUCGCUAUAUCUUACCAAGAAUCGCAGCCGUCUUUUGAUCCCCAGCCGUUCCGACUCCCGCAUCACUCUGCUGCACUAA